AUUUCAGAAAAAGCUAGGUAACUAGACUGAUGGUUUUCUAAGCUCUUAGUACCUCUUCCCCCAUUAUCCACCUUGUGCACCUCGCUGUGACCUGAGGGUAGACCCACGAACCCCCACCGCGCUGCUCUUUGGGGAGGAGGAGCGUUCUGAGACCGCCUCGGGCAGGGCCGCUGCCUCCUUAGCCACCUCAGCCCGGAUGGCUGCGCGGGUCGGACGUCCUAGAGUCCGGCCUCCCGUGCCUGUCAGAUGUUGGGAGAAGCAGAGCUGUAGGUCGCUAGUGUGAGAGCACCUCCAGGGCGCGGAGUCCUCAGACUGCAACUACGAGCGGCCUCGAGGCCCGACUGGGGCCCGACUGAGAGGAACUUAACUCUGCUUUCUUUCGUUGCCACGAGUGGAGGGAUGUGGCAAAUUGAACUGAACGUGAAAAGUAUGUGAAGAUCAAUGGGCUCUAUUUCUCCUCACCCCCAAAAAAAACUUUUAAAAAUCAGUGGAAAAUGUGUGAACAAAUCAAUGUUGAAAGAGAAAUGUUGACAAUGGCUUCAGAAUCUUUGUGCCCAGAACCACCUAAGACUUAUUUGAUAAAAGGAAAAAACCAGCAGCAGCAGCCACCUCACCGACAGCAGGAGGACAUAUCCUCAAAUAUUGAUGGUAAUAGAGAAGAAUCUUAUACAUUUGAAGCCAAUGAAGCUUGGAAAGAUUUUCACAGUUCACUCCUACGAUUUUAUGAAGAUGGUGAACUUUGUGAUGUGACACUGAAGGUUGGUUCAAAGCUGAUCACCUGCCAUAAGCUGGUACUAGCUUGUGUUAUUCCUUACUUCAGAGCUAUGUUUCUUUCUGAAAUGGCUGAAUCCAACCAGUCACUCAUUGAGAUCAGAGAUUUUGAUGGUGAUGCAAUAGAAGACUUGGUGAAGUUUGUUUAUUCUUCCCGGCUCACUUUGACAGUUGACAAUGUCCAGCCUCUUUUGUAUGCAGCCUGUAUUCUACAGGUAGAGCUGGUGGCUAGAGCUUGUUGUGAAUAUAUGAAGUUACAUUUUCACCCUUCCAAUUGCCUGGCAGUUCGAGCUUUUGCAGAGAGUCACAACCGCAUUGACUUAAUGGACAUGGCAGACCGAUAUGCCUGUGAACAUUUUGCUGAAGUAGUGGAGUGUGAAGAUUUCGUGAGUGUCUCACCCCAGCAUCUCUAUAAACUUUUGUCCUCGAGUGAUCUAAACAUUGAGAAUGAAAAGCAGGUCUACCGUGCUGCCAUCAAAUGGCUUCUUGCCAAUCCUCAGCAUCAUGUGAUGUGGUUGAAUGAAAUACUUGCUCAGGUUCGACUACCAUUGUUGCCCAUUGAUUUUCUUAUGGGUGUUGUGGCAAAAGAAGAAAUUGUCAAGCAAAAUCUAAAAUGUAGGGAUUUACUCGAUGAAGCAAGAAAUUACCACCUUCACUUGAGCAGCAGGGCAGUGCCUGACUUUGAGUACUCCAUUCGAACCACUCCGAGGAAGCAGACUGCUGGUGUACUUUUCUGUGUAGGUGGUCGAGGUGGAUCAGGUGACCCAUUUCGAAGUAUUGAAUGCUAUUCAAUAAACAAAAAUAGUUGGUUCUUUGGACCUGAAAUGAACAGUCGGAGGCGGCAUGUGGGUGUAAUAUCAGUGGGAGGUAAAGUCUAUGCAGUUGGUGGACAUGAUGGAAAUGAACAUUUAGGCAGCAUGGAGAUGUUUGAUCCUCUUGCGAAUAAGUGGAUUAUGAAAGCAUCAAUGAACACUAAGAGGCGAGGAAUUGCCUUAGCCUCUCUAGGAGGUCCAAUUUAUGCAAUAGGAGGGUUAGAUGACAAUACAUGCUUCAAUAAUGUGGAGAGAUAUGACAUUGAAUCUGAUCAGUGGAGUGGAGUGGCCCCAAUGAAUACUCCACGAGGAGGGGUUGGUUCAGUAGCUCUAAUAAACUAUGUUUAUGCUGUGGGAGGCAAUGAUGGGCUGGCCUCUUUGUCUAGUGUGGAGAGAUAUGACCCCCAUUUGGAUAAAUGGAUAGAAGUUAAAGAGAUGGGUCAGCGGAGAGCAGGCAAUGGUGUUAGUGAACUUCAUGGCUGCUUAUAUGUUGUAGGCGGAUUUGAUGAUAAUUCUCCUCUCAGCUCAGUUGAACGGUUUGACCCUCGAAACAACAGAUGGGAAUAUGUAGCCGAGCUCACUACUCCUAGGGGUGGUGUGGGGAUUGCUACAGUGAUGGGCAAAAUUUUUGCAGUUGGUGGUCAUAAUGGCAAUGCAUACCUAAAUACUGUGGAAGCCUUUGAUCCAUUGGUGAACAGGUGGGAGCUUGUAGGAUCAGUGUCUCAUUGCAGGGCUGGAGCAGGUGUCGCUGUGUGUUCCUGUUUAAGUUCUCAAAUCCGUGAUGUGGGCCAAGGAUCCAGCAAUGUGGUUGACUGUAUGUGACUUGAAUGCCAGCCACCAACAAUUCUAUCCUUCCCCAAAGUAAAGCCAGCUAGAGUUUUGGUGUCAUCUCGUCUUUGAAUAGGCUACAACUACAGCUACCUGCUUCUUUAAAUAUUAACUGGAUGAUGAUGCUCUGAAUAAAUGCAUCUUCACAUGUGCUCCAGGAGGGAUCUUCACAACUAGGCUGAUGCUGACACUGUCAUUUUUACAAAAUUAUGAGCAAUAUUGGGGUAUUGUUCCAACUUUAAGUUUCCAGAAGAGAAAUGAUUUUAAAAUAAGUGCCAAAAUGCCUGAGAUCUCUUGUUUUUAAUCUAAGUAAUUUUUAAGGUUAUAUCAGAGUAAUUUGCAAUCAUUUCUUUUUCAAAGUUAGACAAUGGAUUUAUCCUCCCAACUUUUCAGUCUAUAAAGAGAAAGUUGGAAUACUUUCAGUAGUGAUUUUUUUCUCAAUGAAGGAUAUUUCCACUAAUAAAAUUCUACUUUCCUUUUUUUUUACUGAAUGGUUUUAAUCUCCCAAAUGUUUACAAAAGUAAAAUAUUUUUGCACUAUUCUAAGUGCACUAGACUGCAUUUAAAGAAUGCUUACUUGUAGCAAUGUUGUGUAAAGCUCAGUCACAAUAAGCUAAAGAUUUUGCUCUUCUGAUUUUAAAAUUUUACUGCUUAAUGGAUUUAUUUUACAGUAAAUAAAAAAGGAGCUCAUUUAUUGUAAGGAGAACAUUUGUCUUAUUUGAUAUUACAUCCUGUUGAAAAUCUUAGGAAUGAGCCAGGAAGCUCAUUCAGAUCAUAUCCAAAGGCAGAGAACCAGGAAAGCCAUUUUUUGCUGUCCCUUUUGAUAGACUUUUGACUAAAAACUCAGGUGUAGUAUUUCCUGUCCAUCAGGCUGCUGGUUGAACGGUCCCUUUCCUGGGUAUAAUAUCUGGUUUUAGUUCUUAAAGGAGUGAAAUCAUUCUUAACAAACUUUCAUCCCCAGCUCCAGUUUGCGGAUAAUCACGAAACCAAUAUAAGACAAAUGUUAAUAAAUGUAAAGAGUUUGACCAUUUUCCUGACAGUUAUGUUUCAUGCUCUUGUGAUAAAGAACUGACCUAGAACAUGAGCCCAACUAUUAUGUCUAAUGACUUAACAGCUUUUCAUAAAAGUAACCUGCAUUGUAAGAUGGUUUCUCCCUUAAGUAAUAUGUAUUUAUUUGUUCAUAAAUAUUUAUUAAAGAUUCUAUUUUCUAUCUUCAGGUUAAUAAAAUUUAGAUGCUAUGGGGAAAGACCCCACUUUUACUUAAGCAUAGAGGCUUCCCCAGAUAUUAUGAGGAAUGUUUCCAACUUUCCUCAUUCAGCUUAAAGUGGAAGCUUCAGCUUUUCAUUGCAAUAGAACACCAAAGAGCACCAUUUUCAGUGGCGUAUGGUAAAGGUCAUUUCUCCCAGAGGUCAUAGAUUGAAGGGAUUUCUAGUUUCGCUUUGCCAUGGAGAAAUGACUCCAUGCUUCUCAGUGUGGCCAGUUUUGAGGAGUAUCAGGGACCCCAUAGCCAUGGAAGAGGAAAGCUAGAGUUGGAGCAAGUCUCUGCUCGCCCGUGCACAGACAGCAGUACUCAGGAAGACUUUUCAGAGGACAUUCACAGGCAGGCCCUGAACGGGUGUCCCAACACAGGCCGCCUGGCUUUCCAGAACUGGAUCUAGACAUGCUGUUGUGAAGCCGAUUGUCACCCAGCGGUCUUCAUCUGCCUUCAGAUACUCAUUUGUCAUGGAUUAUGCGGUCUGGUAGCUCUUUUCUUAUCAGAUGCACUGCUAACCACCUGUCCUAACGAAUUGUCUGUGUGCAUGUGUGAAUUUUCAUUAAACCUUGAUUUUCAAUGGUUCUUUCCUUUGA